CUUCCAAACCCUCAUCUCAAUCAUGCUCCACUCCGCUUAUGGUCCAGCUGCUCUAUGAACCCGGGAACACAUCAUGAGUGAUCUAAACGCCGGCCCCCCUCUUGUGCCAGGGACUGGUUGGAACAGACUGGACAUCGCGACCGUUCAGUCGGCGAUCCGGACCUUGCGGAUGUCACGCGAUCAGAUCGCGGAGCUUCAGGGGUACAUCAAGAGGCUACUUGACGAAGAGAAGGACGUUGAGCGGAGGCGCCCACUGGAGCUGGUAAUUAUACGCAGGUAUCAACACGAGUGGGAACUCUGGGGAAACGAGGCUUUGGACAAGACGCGGGCGGCCAUCCGAGUGUGCGUCACGGCAUUACGCUUGGGAAUUUUCCUAACACAGGCUCUAAGGGCCCCAUUAUCAUCCGAUGGUAGCGCAUCAACCCCACAGACCAGGGGGAGCUCCCGAGCCAUAUCUCGAGCCGGUAAGGACAGCCCUGAUCCUCCUUCGGCUGGCUCUGCUGUCACUACGAGAUCUCUCGUCGGAGGCUCUGGAUCCAACACGAACAAGCCCCUUCCGUCGACACCCUCCACCGCACGCGAUGCACAGACACAGACUGAAGACCUCGGCGACCAAGCGAACUUCCAGGGUACAUGCAUUAGGCAUUCGCGUGGCUUCUACCACGAGGUCCUUGAAAUCAAGGAAAUACCGAGAGGCAACCCCAAGGUCGUCCUGAAUGAGAACUGCCGCUUCCCGGGCAUCAUCCCCGUGCUCGAGUCCGCCGAGGACGACAACACGACGGACAGCUCAAUGCUGGGUCAAGCCAGGACUUCAGCUCCUCCACCCCAGUCUCGUCGUCUGCCCAGGAAUAAGGAGCCUUGCUUGCCUCCUCGACCCACCGUCUCCCAUCAGCGAAGACCUACUCUCACCGCAUGCAAACCCAGCUCAUUCCCACCCGCCGCUGUCGACCUUCCCCGCCAUCCCGUGCUUAGACGUGCACUGAGCCGCCUCCCCCCUAUGCCCACUCAAAGCAAGCAUUCCAAGGCAAACCAAACCCGCACGCGCCCGACCACCAACCCCAGCGACAACCUCAACACCACUUUCACGCUCAAUAGAAGCAGAGCCACGAGGAAACGAAGCACGAGCACCCCGAGUACUCCCGUCCCUUCUCCCCUCCGCAACUCAAUGAGCUCCUCUACAAGCCCCAGCCCCAGGCCCCGGCCCGGUUCCAGCCCUUUACAAACUCCUUCUCACGUCCACACCCCCCCAAACAUGGCCGGCACAUCCCCUCCAACUCCAUACACCUCCGCAUUCCCACCUACAGCUUCAUCAGACGCACCACCCCACUCUCAAGUCCCCUCGCCACCUCAACCAAACUACAUCCUCCCGGCCGCCGGUAUCUCCAGUCCAACGGAGGCCGCUUUAGAUAUCAGAUUCGAUUGCCAGGCUCAGACGCAGCUACGCUCACCGAGGUCAAUGAAGUACAUGACAGCAUCACGACGGGCAUGAUGAGGCUGGCUCAAGAGAGACGAAGUAUACUUUGGCUGGGCGAGUCUUCGGGACGGGAAUCAAUCAGUGAAACUAUCGAGUGUCUCGCGGGAUCCGUUCCAGGGGAAGAUGAUUACGGGGUUGAUGACGAGAUUGCGAGCGUCCGCUGGUCGGGUGAGGGUCCAAAAGUCGAGGUGUGAGCCUUUGUAGCGAGGCAACCUCCUAUGUAGGGGCUACGGGAUGCGGUGCUCGCGUCCUGAUUCUGGGUGAAGUAUCGUUAGGAAUGCUUAACAAAUUCCCGAUUCUUACUG